AACCUCAAUGGAUGGAAGCUGUUCUACUCAGGCGUCGAUAUCACGACUCGUGCUCAGGCCGGUGCUGGCGUUCUGGUUGCCGAUAGAAUGACUCACUGGAAGCCUGUCAGCGGAAGGGUGGUAAUCCUCCGACUGAAGCUACAACAGGCUAAAUCGAUGACCAUGGUACAGGUCUAUGCGCAUAAUCUGGAGGGAGAAUGA